AUGGACCGCCGCCGCACACCGGGCCUCUCCUCGCUCUCCACAACGCGCCUGCAGACGCACCACUACACCUCGCACGGCGCCAAGCUACGCAGCACAGCAUCGCAAUCGCUCGAAACCCAACUCUCCGUGUUCCAGUCCCUCGUGCACAACUUUGCCCUCACGCACUCGAAAGAAAUCCGGGCCAACCCCGCGUUCCGCGCCGAAUUCGCGCGCAUGUGCGCCGCGCUGGGAAUCGACUUCCUCGCGUCGUCCUACACGCGCGACACAGGGAGCAAGGCGCGGGGCAAGAGCACCAAAAGCGGCGAGGGGGUCAGCAUAUGGGCGUCGGUGCUGGGCGGGAGCGUGCACGAUUUCUACUUCAACCUGGGCGUGACGAUAGUCGAUGUUUGCCGGGAGACGCGGGCAGAGAACGGCGGCCUGAUCUCGCUGUCGGAUCUCAAGACGCACAUGGCGCGCGGGCGGCUGAUUGGGUCCGCGCAGCAUGUCAGCGAUGCGGAUAUCGAGCAGGCGGUUGCCGCGCUCGCGCCGCUGGGGAGCUGCUUUGGCGUCGUGGCCAUUGGGCGCGCGCGGCUGGUGCGCAGCGUGCCCAAGGAGUUGAACACGGAUCAGGCGACGGUGCUCGAGGCGGUGCAGGUGCUCGGGUACGUGACGGUGGGGAUGCUGCGAGACAACCUGGGGUGGGAGCGGCCGAGGGCGGUGGCGGUCGUGGAGGAUCUGCUUGCGGACAGCCUGGUGUGGGUGGAUUGCCAGGCGGGCGAGGAGGAGUACUGGAGCCCAGCGUUUAUGACGGGCGGGGGGAAGGAGGGGAGGGGAGGGGUGUCGUGA